AGUGCGGCGCGGGCCGAGGCUCUCCCUGGCGCUGCCGCCGCGGCCCGUGCUCCGCCGCCACCGCGCCGCGCCGCGCCGCGCUCCGCCGCCGAGCGCAGCCCCCGCCCGCGGGCCUGAGCGCGCCGCCGCCCCCGGCCGGGGGCCGAGCUCCCCCCGCCCACCAUUGUGUGGCCGGCCCCUGCCCGCCGCCGGCCGGCCGCGCAGCAUGACAUCCAUCCACUUCGUGGUUCACCCGCUGCCGGGCACCGAGGACCAGCUCAACGACCGGUUAAGGGAAGUUUCAGAGAAGCUGAACAAAUACAAUUUAAACAGCCACCCCCCUUUGAAUGUAUUGGAACAGGCUACUAUUAAACAGUGUGUGGUGGGACCAAAUCAUGCUGCAUUUCUUCUUGAGGAUGGUAGAGUCUGCAGGAUUGGUUUUUCAGUUCAGCCAGACAGACUGGAAUUGGGUAAACCUGAUAAUAAUGAUGGUUCAAAGUUGAGCAGUGGCUCAGGGGCAGGAAGGACAUCCAGGCCAGGCAGGACUAGUGACUCCCCAUGGUUUCUGUCUGGUUCUGAAACUCUGGGCAGACUGGCAGGCAACACCCUUGGAAGCCGUUGGAGUUCAGGGGUUGGUGGAAGUGGAGGAGGAUCCUCUGGUAGAUCGUCAGCUGGAGCGCGAGAUUCCCGAAGGCAGACCCGAGUUAUUCGCACAGGACGUGAUAGGGGAUCUGGACUGCUGGGUAGUCAGCCACAACCAGUGAUUCCAGCAUCAGUCAUUCCAGAGGAACUCAUUUCACAGGCACAAGUUGUUUUACAAGGGAAGUCCAGAAGUAUCAUUAUACGGGAACUCCAGCGGACAAACCUUGAUGUAAAUCUUGCUGUAAAUAAUUUGCUGAGCCGUGAUGAUGAAGAUGGAGAUGAUGGAGAUGACACGGCAAGUGAAUCGUAUCUUCCUGGAGAGGAUCUUAUGUCUCUUCUGGAUGCUGACAUACAUUCUGCUCACCCAAGUGUCAUUAUUGAUGCUGAUGCUAUGUUUUCAGAAGAUAUUAGUUACUUUGGUUAUCCAUCCUUUCGGCGUUCAUCACUUUCCAGGCUAGGCUCAUCCCGAGUUCUCCUUCUUCCCUUAGAGAGAGACUCUGAGCUGUUGCGUGAACGUGAGUCCGUUUUACGUUUGCGUGAACGAAGGUGGCUUGAUGGAGCCUCAUUUGAUAAUGAAAGGGGCUCUACAAGUAAGGAAGGGGAGCCAAACCUGGAUAAGAAGAAUACUCCUGUCCAAAGCCCUGUUUCAUUAGGAGAAGACUUGCAGUGGUGGCCAGACAAGGAUGGAACAAAGUUUAUAUCUAUUGGAGCUCUGUAUUCUGAGCUUGUGGCAGUUAGCAACAAAGGAGAACUUUAUCAGUGGAAGUGGAGUGAAUCAGAACCUUACAGAAAUGCACAGAAUCCUUCACUACAUCAUCCACGAGCAAUGUUUUUGGGAUUAACCAAUGAAAAGAUAGUCCUCCUGUCUGCAAAUAGUAUCAGAGCAACUGUAGCAACAGAAAAUAACAAGGUCGCUACCUGGGUGGAUGAAACUUUAAGCUCAGUAGCUUCUAAAUUAGAACACACUGCCCAGACCUAUUCUGAGUUACAAGGAGAACGGAUAGUUUCGUUACACUGUUGUGCUCUUUAUACAUGCGCGCAACUAGAAAACAAUUUGUACUGGUGGGGAGUAGUUCCUUUUAGCCAGCGGAAGAAGAUGCUGGAAAAGGCCAGAGCAAAAAAUAAAAAACCGAAGUCUAGUGCUGGUAUCUCGUCAAUGCCUAAUAUCACUGUUGGCACCCAGGUGUGCUUAAGAAACAAUCCUCUGUAUCAUGCUGGAGCAGUUGCUUUUUCAAUUAGUGCUGGAAUUCCUAAAGUAGGUGUAUUAAUGGAAUCCGUCUGGAAUAUGAAUGACAGUUGUCGGUUCCAGCUUCGAUCGCCAGAGAGCUUGAAAAACAUGGAAAAAGCUAGUAAAACUACUGAGGCAAAGCCGGAAAGCAAACAGGAGCCAGUGAAAACUGAAAUGGGCCCACCACCAUCCCCAGCGUCUACUUGUAGUGAUGCAUCCUCAAUUGCAAGCAGUGCAUCAAUGCCAUAUAAACGAAGACGGUCUACUCCUGCUCCAAAAGAAGAGGAGAAAGUGAACGAAGAACAGUGGUCUCUUAGGGAAGUUGUGUUUGUAGAAGAUGUUAAGAAUGUUCCUGUUGGCAAGGUGCUAAAAGUGGAUGGUGCAUAUGUUGCUGUGAAGUUCCCAGGCACAUCCAGCAGUGCAAACUGUCAGAGCACCUCGGGUUCAGAUCCCGAUCCUUCUUCUCUUCUCCAGGAUUGUAGACUGCUCCGAAUAGAUGAGCUCCAGGUAGUAAAGACUGGCGGCACUCCAAAAGUUCCUGAUUGUUUCCAAAGGACUCCUAAAAAGCUGUGUAUUCCUGAAAAAACAGAAAUCCUAGCAGUGAACGUUGAUUCAAAAGGAGUUCAUGCUGUCCUCAAGACUGGGAACUGGGUCCGCUAUUGCAUAUUUGACCUCGCUACAGGAAAAGCUGAGCAGGAAAAUAAUUUCCCCACCAGCAGCAUUGCUUUCCUGGGUCAGAAUGAGAGAAGUGUUGCCAUUUUUACAGCUGGACAGGAGUCUCCUAUUAUUCUUCGAGAUGGAAAUGGUACCAUCUAUCCAAUGGCAAAAGAUUGCAUGGGUGGAAUAAGAGAUCCUGAUUGGCUGGACCUUCCACCUAUCAGUAGUCUUGGAAUGGGUGUUCAUUCUUUAACAAAUCUUCCUGCUAACUCUACCAUCAAAAAGAAAGCUGCUAUUAUAAUUAUGGCUGUUGAGAAACAAACCCUAAUGCAGCAUAUUCUCCGAUGCGACUAUGAGGCCUGCAGGCAAUACCUGAUGAAUCUUGAGCAAGCGGUUGUCUUGGAUCAGAAUCCGCAAAUGCUGCAGACAUUCCUCAGCCACAGAUGUGAUGGAAAUCGUAACAUUCUGCAUGCCUGUGUAUCUGUGUGCUUCCCAACAAGUAACAAAGAGACUAAAGAGGAAGAGGAAGCAGAACGCUCUGAAAGGAACACGUUUGCUGAAAGGCUCUCUGCUGUUGAGGCUAUUGCAAAUGCAAUUUCAGUAGUAUCAAGUAAUGGUCCAGGAAAUCGGGCAGGAUCAUCAAGCAGCAGAAGUUUGAGACUGAGAGAAAUGAUGAGAAGAUCCUUGCGAGCAGCUGGAUUGGGUAGACAUGAAGCUGGUGCUUCAUCUAGUGAUCACCAAGACCCAGUUUCUCCACCCAUAGCUCCACCCAGUUGGGUUCCUGAUCCUCCUGCAAUGGAUCCUGAUGGUGACAUUGAUUUUAUCCUGGCCCCCGCUGUGGGAUCUCUUACCACAGCAGCGACUGGCACUGGCCAAGGACCUAGCACCUCUACCAUACCAGGUCCUUCUACUGAGCCAUCCGUGGUGGAAUCUAAGGAUCGGAAAGCAAAUGCUCAUUUUAUACUGAAAUUGUUAUGUGAUAGUGUGGUACUACAACCAUAUCUUAGAGAACUACUGUCAGCCAAGGAUGCAAGAGGCAUGACACCAUUUAUGUCUGCAGUUAGUGGCAGAGCAUACCCUGCUGCAAUUACCAUUCUGGAAACUGCACAGAAAAUUGCUAAAGCUGAAGUAACUUCAAAUGAGAAAGAGGAUGAUGUGUUUAUGGGAAUGGUUUGCCCAUCUGGCACAAAUCCAGAUGAUUCCCCAUUAUAUGUUCUGUGCUGUAAUGAUACCUGCAGCUUUACAUGGACUGGUGCAGAGCACAUUAAUCAAGAUAUUUUUGAAUGCCGAACAUGUGGUUUACUGGAAUCACUUUGCUGUUGCACGGAGUGUGCAAGGGUUUGUCACAAGGGUCACGACUGCAAGCUCAAGCGAACAUCCCCAACAGCCUACUGUGAUUGCUGGGAAAAAUGCAAGUGUAAAACAUUAAUUGCAGGGCAGAAGUCUGCUCGUCUUGAUCUACUCUACCGAUUGCUUACCACCACAAACCUUGUCACCAUGCCCAAUAGCAGGGGAGAGCACCUUCUGUUGUUUUUAGUACAAACAGUUGCCAGGCAAACUGUAGAACACUGCCAGUACCGACCACCUAGAAUCAGGGAAGAUCGUAAUCGUAAAGCUGCAAAUCCUGAAGAUUCCGAUAUGCCUGAUCAUGAUUUAGAGCCUCCACGAUUUGCUCAGCUUGCAUUGGAACGUGUUUUACAAGACUGGAAUGCACUGAAAUCUAUGAUCAUGUUUGGCUCGCAGGAGAAUAAAGACCCUCUUAGUGCAAGCAGUAGGAUAGGUCAUCUUUUGCCUGAAGAACAAGUGUACCUUAAUCAGCAAAGUGGUACGAUUCGGCUGGAUUGUUUUACGCAUUGCCUUAUUGUUAAAUGUACAGCAGACAUUUUGCUUUUAGAUACUUUGCUGGGUACUCUGGUAAAGGAACUACAAAAUAAAUACACUCCAGGACGCAGAGAAGAAGCUAUUGCUGUUACAAUGAGAUUUCUUCGCUCUGUGGCAAGAGUGUUUGUCAUUCUAAGUGUGGAAAUGGCUUCAUCCAAAAAGAAAAACAACUUUAUUCCACAGCCAAUUGGCAAAUGUAAACGUGUAUUCCAAGCUUUGUUACCCUAUGCUGUGGAGGAAUUGUGUAAUGUAGCGGAAUCCCUAAUUAUCCCAGUCAGAAUGGGUAUUGCACGCCCUACAGCACCAUUUACUCUUGCUAGCACUAGUAUAGAUGCCAUGCAAGGCAGUGAAGAACUCUUCUCUGUGGAGCCUUUGCCACCAAGACCAUCUUCUGAUCAAUCUAGCAGCUCCAGUCAGUCUCAAUCGUCCUACAUUAUUAGAAACCCUCAACAGAGACGGAUCAGCCAGUCACAGCCGGUUCGCGGCAGAGAUGAAGAGCAAGAUGAUAUUGUAUCAGCAGAUGUGGAAGAGGUUGAGGUGGUGGAGGGGGUAGCUGGAGAAGAGGACCACCAUGAUGAACAAGAAGAACAUGGAGAGGAGAAUGCUGAAGCAGAAGGACAGCAUGAUGAACAUGAUGAAGAUGGCAGUGACAUGGAGCUGGAUCUGCUAGCAGCAGCUGAAACAGAAAGUGACAGUGAAAGUAACCACAGCAACCAGGACAAUGCUAGUGGACGUAGAAGUGUUGUCACUGCAGCCACUGCUGGAUCAGAAGCAGGUGCUAGCAGUGUUCCUGCAUUUUUCUCUGAGGAUGACUCUCAGUCAAAUGACUCCAGUGAUUCAGACAGCAGUAGUAGCCAAAGUGAUGACAUAGAACAGGAGACCUUCAUGCUCGAUGAGCCUCUAGAGAGAACCACAAAUAGCUCCCAUGCCAAUGGUGCUGCCCAGGCUCCCCGUUCAAUGCAGUGGGCUGUACGAAACACCCAGAAUCAGAGAACCACUAGUACUGCUCCAUCCAGCACAUCCACCCAAGCAGCAAGUUCAGCAGGUUUGAUUUAUAUUGAUCCAUCAAACUUACGUCGGAGUGGUACCAUCAGUACAAGUGCUGCAGCAGCAGCUGCAGCUCUUGAAGCUAGCAAUGCAAGCAGCUAUUUAACUUCUGCAAGCAGUUUAGCAAGGGCAUACAGCAUUGUAAUCCGACAAAUCUCCGAUUUGAUGGGGCUGAUCCCCAAAUACAACCAUCUUGUAUACUCCCAGAUUCCAGCUGCAGUGAAACUGACUUACCAGGAUGCAGUGAACUUGCAGAAUUAUGUGGAAGAAAAGCUUAUUCCCACCUGGAACUGGAUGGUUAGCAUCAUGGACUCCACUGAAGCUCAGCUGCGUUAUGGUUCUGCACUGGCAUCAGCUGGAGACCCUGGACAUCCAAACCAUCCCCUCCAUGCUUCCCAGAACUCAACCCGAAGGGAGAGGAUGACAGCACGUGAGGAAGCUAGUUUAAGGACACUUGAGGGAAGAAGACGUGCUACCUUGCUCAGUGCCCGUCAAGGAAUGAUGUCAGCACGUGGAGACUUCUUAAACUAUGCCCUUUCUUUAAUGCGUUCUCACAACGAUGAGCACUCGGAUGUUCUUCCAGUUCUGGAUGUCUGCUCCCUGAAGCAUGUAGCAUAUGUUUUUCAGGCCCUUAUUUAUUGGAUUAAAGCAAUGAACCAACAGACAACAUUGGACACUCCCCAGCUGGAACGGAAAAGGACUCGGGAGCUCUUGGAACUGGGUCUUGAUAAUGAAGAUUCAGAACAUGAAAAUGAUGACGACACCAAUCAAAGUGCGACGCUUAAUGAUAAGGAUGACGACUCCCUUCCAGCAGAGACUGGCCAAAACCAUCCAUUCUUCCGACGGUCAGACUCCAUGACAUUCCUUGGUUGUAUCCCACCCAAUCCAUUUGAAGUCCCUCUGGCAGAAGCUAUCCCUCUGGCAGAUCAACCACAUCUUCUACAGCCAAAUGCACGAAAAGAGGAUCUUUUUGGUCGUCCAAGUCAGGGUCUGUAUUCAUCCUCUGCCAACAGUGGGAAAUGCUUAAUGGAAGUGACCGUAGACAGAAACUGCCUUGAGGUUCUUCCAACUAAAAUGUCAUAUGCGGCCAAUUUAAAAAAUGUCAUGAGCAUGCAAAAUCGGCAAAAGAAGGAAGGGGAAGAACAGAAUGUGCCAACAGAAGAAUCUGAAACGUCAAAACCAGGGCCUUCAGCUCAUGAUCUUGCAGCACAGUUGAAGAGCAGCUUGUUGGCAGAAAUAGGCCUCACAGAAAGUGAGGGGCCACCUCUUACAUCUUUCAGGCCUCAGUGUAGUUUCAUGGGAAUGGUUAUUUCUCAUGAUAUGUUGCUAGGACGUUGGCGUCUUUCUCUAGAGCUGUUUGGCAGGGUGUUCAUGGAAGACGUUGGAGCUGAGCCUGGUUCGAUUUUGACUGAAUUAGGUGGCUUUGAAGUCAAGGAAUCAAAAUUCCGCAGAGAAAUGGAGAAACUUAGAAAUCAGCAAUCUAGGGAUUUAACAUUGGAGGUUGAUCGAGACAGGGAUCUUUUAAUUCAGCAGACAAUGAGACAACUCAACAAUCAUUUUGGUCGUAGAUGUGCUACAACUCCCAUGGCUGUGCACAGAGUAAAAGUUACAUUUAAGGAUGAGCCAGGAGAAGGCAGUGGGGUGGCACGAAGUUUUUAUACUGCCAUUGCACAAGCUUUCCUGUCUAAUGAAAAACUGCCAAAUCUAGACUGUAUCCAGAAUGCCAACAAGGGUACCCAUACGAGUCUGAUGCAGAGAUUACGAAACAGAGGGGAGAGAGAUCGAGAGAGGGAGCGUGAAAGGGAAAUGAGAAGGAGCAGUGGCUUACGAGCUGGUUCUCGAAGAGAUAGAGAUAGGGACUUCAGAAGACAACUUUCCAUUGACACAAGACCCUUUAGACCGGCAUCAGAAGGGAAUCCGAGUGAUGAUCCAGAUCCUCUUCCAGCACAUAGACAGGCUCUUGGAGAAAGGCUUUACCCUCGAGUACAAGCAAUGCAACCAGCAUUUGCAAGUAAAAUUACAGGAAUGCUGUUGGAGUUGUCCCCUGCCCAGCUGCUGCUGUUGCUAGCCAGUGAAGAUUCCCUUAGAGCAAGAGUUGAUGAGGCCAUGGAACUUAUUAUUGCACAUGGAAGGGAAAAUGGAGCUGACAGUAUCUUGGAUCUUGGGUUGCUAGACUCUUCAGAUAAAGUUCAGGAAAAUAGAAAGAGACAUGGCUCUAGUCGCAGUGUGGUGGACAUGGAAUUAGAUGAUACAGAUGAUGGUGAUGAUAAUGCACCACUUUUCUACCAACCUGGAAAACGAGGUUUUUAUACGCCAAGGCCUGGAAAAAACACAGAGGCAAGGCUGAAUUGUUUCAGAAACAUUGGCAGAAUCCUGGGAUUAUGCUUGCUGCAAAAUGAACUGUGUCCCAUCACACUAAAUAGACAUGUGAUCAAAGUUCUCCUUGGCAGAAAAGUGAACUGGCACGAUUUUGCUUUUUUUGAUCCGGUUAUGUAUGAGAGCUUGCGGCAACUUAUCCUCGCCUCCCAGAGUACAGAUGCUGACGCUGUGUUUGCAGCAAUGGACUUAGCAUUUGCAAUAGACUUGUGCAAGGAGGAAGGGGGAGGGCAGGUUGAACUUAUCUCCAAUGGUGUAAAUAUACCUGUCACUCCCCAGAAUGUUUAUGAAUAUGUCCGGAAAUAUGCAGAACACAGAAUGUUGGUUGUAGCAGAACAACCUUUACACGCCAUGAGGAAAGGUCUGCUGGAUGUACUUCCAAAGAACUCAUUAGAAGACUUGACAGCAGAAGACUUCAGGCUUUUGGUAAAUGGCUGUGGUGAAGUAAAUGUGCAAAUGCUGAUCAGCUUUACAUCUUUCAAUGAUGAGUCAGGAGAAAAUGCUGAGAAGCUUUUACAGUUCAAGCGUUGGUUUUGGUCCAUAGUUGAGAAGAUGAGUAUGACAGAAAGACAAGAUCUAGUUUAUUUUUGGACAUCAAGCCCAUCAUUACCUGCCAGUGAGGAGGGAUUUCAGCCCAUGCCAUCAAUAACAAUAAGGCCACCAGAUGAUCAACACCUUCCUACAGCAAACACUUGCAUUUCUCGCCUUUAUGUCCCACUCUAUUCCUCUAAGCAGAUUUUGAAACAGAAAUUGUUACUCGCCAUUAAGACCAAGAAUUUUGGUUUUGUGUAGAGUAAAAAGUGUGUAUUGCUGUGUAAUAUUACUAGCUAAGUUUUGUAGAUUUUCCAUUUGUCUAUAAAAGUUUAUGAAAGUUAAUGCUGUCAUACCCCUGGUGGUACUUUAAUGAUUAAAUGCAAACAUUCCUAUACUAGAUUUGUAACGUAAAGGCCUAAGGAGCACUAGCAAUGUUCUACUGUAACGGCGACAGCAUGCUAGUCAGUAACUUCUUGGCCUAGCCCCAGCCAAAGAUGACAGCAGAACAAUAUUAUUUACACUGUGAUUUAUCUUUUUGCUGAGGGAAAAUAUGUAAAAUGUUCUGAAAAUUCACUGCUGCCUUUGUGGAAAGUGUUCAGCAAAGGUUCUUGUAUAGAGGGAGUAGGGAAUUUCAAAAUAAAAAAUUAAGUAUGUUCUGUGUUUUAUUUUAACUUUUUUAUGGUGUUUAAUUUGUGGUUGGCUGCAGUUGUGUAUCAUGUAUAUUGAACUUGUAAAAAAAAAAAAAAGUUCUUGACAGUUCAGAUCUAAGAGUUGGAAUCAUUCACUUUUACUUAUGAAACCACUUUCAUUGCAAUUUUUGUUCUUGUUGCAUUGAACUCUGGCACAUUAGAGAUAUCAUCACUAAUAUUUUGCAUGUAAUCUGUACCUUUUUAGUGAGGGUUUUUUUUUUUUUUUUGUACAUGCGAUGAGGCCAAUGCACAGUAUUUCAUAGUUCACAAUCAACACUUUUGUAUCCCUAUUUCAGUGAGCAGACAGUCAGGAGGUUGUUCCAUUUCCAGUUCUACCCAGACACUUGUACUACGUUAUCUCAACUGUGUAAACUCAGCCUGGGCACUUUCUGGUAACUGUAAAAUGUUUAUAAGAUCAUGAUUAUUGAAGAUACAUUUUGGAAAAUUUUAAUGUUCGUGAGCAGCUUAACUACUUUUGUAUCUAGCCUUUUUUAAGUAUCUUGUUACAGUUUUUUAAUAAAGAAAUUACAGACAAAAUACCAAGUCAUAUUGAAGAAACAAUAGUUUUUAUUUAUUUAGCCCUUUAUUUGAGCUAGCAGCAUACACAAAACACAGUAGCCCACUUAAAAUCUGAAUUUUGUGCUUCUGCACUGCAAUAAACAAAAUGAAGAGAUUCAGCCCGCAUUUUACAGUUAGCAGAGACUUCUGAAUGAAAUAAGCCAGGCAACCCCUUCUUUCACAGAAAACCUUGGUUUGAACGAAAAGAGGUUUGUUCCAAUAAAUUCAGGAUUGAUUUUGAUGGAAUAAAUCUACAAAGUGCAUAGCAGAGGGAACCUACUGUGUGUUCAUUCUUUAAUAACAUGGUUUACUGGUUUUGGGGAGGGUAGUCUUUGAACAUACAGUAAGCUAGGGCUUGUUUGUCAUUUUCAAUUUGUAUUGCUUAGUGUGACUGCUUAAGAGUUGUAAGGACAUUGGGAAAGUAUGGAGCGACCCUGGCCACCUCUCCCUAUUGUUAUUCUGGUACCAUAGCUUAGCGGAUUGGAUUGUUGAAGUGUAGGGAAGCACAGCAUGGGUUGGCUUUUGAAAGAUGCUACUGUUUUUCUACUUCCUCUAACCCUUUGACCAUGUUACAAGGAUUUUCCCUUCUGAGGAGAGCUAUCGAGAUUUUGUCAAAAUCUGUCAAUGCUGCUUUGUGGCUGAAAAAUAGAGCCUUCUGCUUCCAUAAUGAUUCUAGCUUCUGUAGGCUUUGAUGAGGGCUUGAAUCCAAAACUCUGGUUACUCUGGGAGUUUAUACACAUGCUCUGGGAGGCUGGGGGAGCUUUAAUUAGUGCAGCUCCAAGAGCCAUGCUAAUAAAGUGCCCAGAACAUCACUUAUCAGUGUCCCUGUGCUGAAAAAUGGCGGCAAGGGCCUUUGAACUAAAACUCAUUGAAUGAGCUUUAAAGUGCCCUGCAGCCAUUUUUCAGCAUGGGGAUGAUGCAUGUGACACUGGAGGCUUCUGGAGCGCAGUAAUUUCCGCACUCCAGCAGACUCGAUUAAUUGUGGCUGCUCUGACACGCUGGAAUUACAGUGCAUUGGAGCAGGCUCCCUGCAUAUGUAUAGGAGCCCUGUGUGUGUUGCAUUGACUCUGAAACUUUUGAUCAGGCUAACUGUUCCAGACUUCCAAGGUUAAACUGCAGAUGCAUCAAAUGAAUCAGUAAAAAUAUUUCUACAUGGAUUGUGAAAUGUAACCACAUCCCCCUAGGAGUAACUCUUGUAGGCAAAUACAGAGUUUUUUCUAGUGCUUAGAUCAUUAGGGCUGGGAGUGUAGUGUUUGGAAUCUGCCACUGUGACCUUCAGGGAAUCACUAAACUUUGGGCUGAGUCUGUCUAAACCCAUAAAUUGUACCUCUUUUUUCCUAUCCUGGUUCUGUUGUUAAGUUAUACAAUCUCACAAGUGUGGAUGCAGCUAUAAAGGUGCUUUACGUUGGUGCACCUAUUUCUGUAUUUUAAAAAAAGGGGGGAAGAAAACUAUACUGGUAUAAGGCACCACUAUAUACUUCGGUAGCAUACUAGGGUCUUGCCAGUAUAAUGAUAUUGUAGUUUACAAAACAAAAUCAGAACAUACCUCUAGCCAAAAUACAUAAAGUUGAUACAAAAAUUGUGUAGAACAGGUCUCGGAUCCAGUUUGUAAAAAUGACUCCCUCCCUGGUGAGCUUUAUGAGACUUAAUGGUGUAAAACCUUCAACAAAAAUCCUCUGAUGAAAGGCCAUAUACAUGUAAAUGAUUGUGUAUAUAUGUAUUGUGUGUAUAUGUAUAUAAAUGUAUGUGUAUGUAUAACAUAUAAAUAUAUGUUAUAUGUAUAUAUAUUUAUGUAUAUAGCUUAAACAGUUUUUUUUUAAAUCCUGUACUGUAUAGCUAGGCAGAAACUACACAGUGCCUACAGUGUAGUCUUAUACAGUAGUUCACAAUAUAUACACACGAAGGCAUUCUGAUGACAUGAAUGGAAGGAAAAACUAGAAUGAUGUAUGCUGUCGUCAUUGACUUGAAAUGUGUAUGUUGCUUUAUAAAUUAGCUUUUUUUCUCUGUAUGGUAUAUUUAAACAAUAUCAAGGUUUUAAUAAGAAAAUGUUUAUUAAAAUCAUACACCUCA